AAUUUUAAAUCACGGAGGAAGUUACUACAAUAUUGUUUCUAAAUUAUGAGUAUUCAAACUUCGAUUCAUGACAUGUUUAAAAAAGCUUUGUAAAUAUGUUAGCUAUACAUAAUUUAGAAUUGUAUAUUUCAAAUCAAAUAAUUUAGUGGGAUUUAUGUUUGCCAUAUGUUUACACAACGUACCGUAGUUCCUCGUUUUGUUGAAGUUUAGUCACUGCCAAUUACAAACACUGCUUUUUUGUUUUGUCUCACAUUUUGUUCCUUUUCAAUCAUCCGUUUGCUCCAGGCUUGUCAUUAAUACAUAAGUUGUAUUCUGUUUUGAAUGUCUUUCAAGUUGACCUAAUUUGCAUUGAUGAAAAAUAUUUUGACCAAAGAGCGAGGGACAUAUUCCGCUCAGUGAUUUAUACACCAAUUGCCUUUAUUUGCUAUAAAAAAAUCAAAUUGGGAUAUUUACAUUGCAAUAAUGAUUGAUAUUAUCUAUAAAAGUGCUGUAUAAAAAAGUUUUCUGUCUGGCAUGUAUGCCAGAUUCAGGAUUUCAAUAAAUUAUUCAGAACUUAAAAUGUCUCUUGGGCCUAUGCUGCUUUUUUGUUUUGUUAUGAUGCAUGACAUAGUUAAGUGUAAAAUCCUGUAAUUUUUUGUGUAGAUACAGCUAACUUAUAGUUAUAUAAAUAUUACUGUCUGCUGGUACAUAAACUCAAGAUUUUGUAGGAUUAAUAGUUAGGACACUGUACUGAUUGAGCUUGCAUAAGUCAUCUUCAUUUUCUUCGUAUGGCCUCAUCUGAUUCAGUAAUAUAUGGACAUAAAAACCACCAGUUGAAUGUCCACAGACUGGUGAGAGUAAAAGUCUUAUCUGGUCAUAAUCUUGCUAAGAAGGAUAUAUUUGGUGCCAGUGAUCCAUACGUGAAGGUAUCUCUCUAUCGACCAAAGCGAAUAUCACUCGGGCAAUCCUAUGAAAGCUAUGGAACUGCAACAACCAAAACAAAGAAAAAAACCUUGAAUCCAAAAUGGGAGGAAGAAUUUACUUUUAGAGUGGUACCAAAGGAAAACAGACUACUGUUUGAAGUUUUUGAUGAAAACAGAGUGACUAGAGACGAUUUCCUGGGCCAAGUUGAUAUACCUGUUAAUCAAGGAUACAUAACACUUGAAGAUCCAAAUAAUGAAAAUUCACCAUUCAAGGAGUUUCCACUUCGCCCAAGAAGUUCAAAAUCAAGGGUGAAAGGACAUCUCAGGUUAAAACUCACAUACAUUCUUGAUGAAACGUGGACAAGACCACAAGAAGAAACACCUCCACAAGAGAACGACUGGGAAAUGGUCGAGGGAAACGAAACCUCGAUGCCAUCAGGAUGGGAGGAAAGACAGGACCAUCUUGGUAGAACGUAUUAUGUUAAUCACACUACAAGAACAACCCAGUGGCAUAGGCCAGUUGCCAUGUCAACCUCGUCGUCUAGCAGCUCGAUAAACAACGGUACACGAUCUUCCCAAAGGGCUAGUACUUCUACUUCGACCGACAAUGCAAGCCCAGCAAUUUCUACCAACACUGCUGCAGCACACUUUCGACAGAGGCGACACAUCAGUGAAGAUUUAUCCAGAAGCCCCAGAAGGCAAAACAUAGAUGAUCAGUGGGAAGUACUUCAUGGAAGCGAUUCAGACAAUUCUCCUCCACCAGAACAAAACAUGCCAGUGGAUGAAACUCCGGAAAAUAGUAAUUCUACGAUACCCGAAGAAGAAGAGGAACCGCCAACUCCAAUGGAGGUCGAUGGAUCUCCAUCAACUCCCACUGCAAACAAUACGGAACAAACAUCAAGCUCUGGCCCACCAAGAACAAGAUCUUCCAGUGUUCCACAAAACGAUCUGCCACAAGGUUGGGAAGAAAGGGUCGAUCCUGAUUCCAAAAAGAAGUAUUAUGUUGAUCACAUCAGCAAGAAAACAUCAUGGAAACAUCCAUCUAGGAAUUAUCAGAAAAUAAACAAUCAAUAUUUACCUAAAGGAUGGGAAAUGAGAAAAGCACCAGGUGGAAAAGUAUUUUUUAUUGAUCACAACACGAAAACAACAACGUGGAAUGAUCCUAGGUCUUCUCGACCUCCUAUUCAACGUGGAAACUUGAAAAGCGCUGACGAUUUAGGACAUUUACCAGAUGGAUGGGAGGAAAGAGUUCACGCUGAUGGCAGAGUAUUCUAUGUUGAUCACGUGAACCGAAAAACUCAAUGGGAAGAUCCACGUCUACAAAGCCCUGAGAUUACUGGCCCAGCUGUUCCGUAUUCUCGAGAUUACAAACAAAAAUAUGAAUUCUUCAGAUUGAAAUUACACAAAUCAACGCCAAGAGACAUCCCCAACCGAUUUGAGAUGAAGAUGCAUCGCAAUAGUAUAUUAAAUGAUUCAUUCCGUGCGAUUUCCAUUGUUAAAAAGACGGAUUUAUUAAAAUCCAGACUUUGGAUUGAAUUCAUUGGAGAAAAAGGUUUGGAUUAUGGUGGUGUCGCUCGAGAAUGGUUCUACCUCAUCUCUAAAGAAAUGUUCAAUCCAUAUUAUGGUCUUUUCGAAUAUUCAUCAACCGAUAACUACACAUUACAAAUCAAUCCUAAUUCUGGAAUGUGUAAUGAAAGUCAUUUACAAUGGUUCAAGUUUAUUGGACGUGUGGCAGGAAUGGCAGUAUUUCAUGGAAAAUUAUUGGAUGCAUUUUUCAUCCGACCAUUUUACAAGAUGAUGUUGAGCAAACCAAUCACGCUACACGACAUGGAAUCAGUGGAUUCUGAAUAUUAUAAUUCGCUUCGCUGGAUUCUGGAAAAUGACCCAACAGAUCUUGACUUGAAUUUUACUGUCGAUGAAGAACUAUUUGGAAGUACCAAUUCAAGAAAUUUGAAACCUGAUGGGGAUAACAUUGCAGUAACAAAUGAAAACAAGAAGGAAUAUAUUCAAUUGGUGAUAAGGUGGAGAUUUGUAUCUCGUGUACAGGAACAAAUGAAAUCAUUUUUGGAGGGUUUCAAUGAGCUCAUCCCUACAAAUCUGCUAAAAAUAUUUGACGAGAAUGAGCUAGAAUUACUCAUGUGUGGACUGGGGGAUGUUGAUGUUAAUGACUGGCGAAAUAAUACGACAUACAAAGGCGAUUAUAGCGCAAAUCACAUUGUUAUUCAAUGGUUUUGGAAGGCAAUACUUUUGAUGGAUCCAGAAUCACGAGUACGUUUCCUGCAAUUUGUAACUGGUACUUCUCGUGUGCCAAUGAAUGGUUUUGCCGAACUUUGGGGAAGUAAUGGACCUCAAUUGUUCACUGUUGAAAAAUGGGGAACACCUGAUAAAUUACCAAGAGCACACACAUGUUUCAAUCGACUAGACCUCCCUCCAUACACUUCGCUAGAUGAACUUCGUAAAAAACUGCACCUCGCCAUUGAAAGUUCUCAAGGAUUUGAAGGCGUGGAUUGAAUAAAGCCAUCAGGAAAAAAAAUGCAAACUUCUAUAAAUCCUCAUUGACUUUCCUGUACAUCUAUGGAAAUUGAUAAACACAAACAAGAAAAAUCAGUCAACAGCUGCCAAUUGACUAUUAAAAUGUGUGGGAUCGCAGCUUCUCCCAUGUUGAUCUCUUUUAGUUGAUAAAAAUUUUGUUUCAAAACUGUUAUAAUAACAGACCAUAAUUUUUUUUAUUUGCACUGAGGCAGCCAAUACAAAUUUUAUCUUAAACAGGUUUGUUCCACACUAUGUGGCCUUUAUUUCCUGUGUGACUUGAGUGAGUGCAUAGGACUCUAAUAAAAUUAACUUUUUUGAGUGUUGUGAAAUGGCUUGGUACUCAAUAAUUUUUAAAGAAUUUAUUAUUAUUAUUGUUGUUUUAAAUUGAUUAAACUUUUUGAUUUUGUUCUCACUAGCAAUGUAAAACGCUCCAACUGAAUGUACAUAUACAUCUUUAAAAAUUUCAAUAUGAAAUCAAAAUAUAUACUGUAGUUAAUUUUAUAUUUUGUUUAUUGACAAACUGGAAUUCCAUUGAGCAUAUUUGUUUCCAAGCGUGAUUUGUAUUCACUAUUAAAAAACCUCUAAGACUUUUUUGCUCAAACUUUGUUAUGUUUCUUAAUUCAGACAUUAUUGUUUGCUUUUGGCUAACGGCCGUUUACCAGCUUGAGAUUUAUUGCCCAUGUUUUACUACAGUAAUGAUUAUUUACCUACUCUAGUAUCAGUAAGCCAUUCAUUUAUAAUACCGUUGGUCUGACUAGAGAAAGAUAUGUUUGGCGUGCGAAGCCGCAAUAUGCUAUAAUCAUCUGAAGAUACAUAAAUUCAAUGCAAUUAGGUGUUUCCUAAUUCGUCAGUGUGAAUCUAUGAAAAAAAUGGCAGAAUUACUCUAGUAUUUAGCUUACACACGAAAACCGCAAUCUUAAAUUAAGAUAAUAACAUGAUUUGGCUAUUGUUAACAACGAUGUGCAGUGGUGUUCCGGUUUCUUGUUUAAAUAACUGUAAUAUUACAUUGUAUCCUGAUUCUUUUUGUGUUUCGGGACAUGUGUUUCCCUGACAUGUUAUUGCUCUUGUGUGUAUGUAUUUGACCACAUUCAUAUUACGUUGCAUGUGUUAUUAUUAUUUUAUUUGGUCGUCUUAUAGUCAUAUUUGAAUAACAUGUCCGCAUUUGGAAAAAUAUUAAUGAAGUUAUUCCAAACUAAUUUGUGUAUUUAUCAUAUUUAAAAAAAAUAUUGCUAGUAA